AUGUCCCACGGGAUCAAGGUCAGCCAGGCAGUUGUCAGCAAGCCCGCCAAAUCGAAGAGAAAGAACGUCACGCGGUCGCCCUUCCAUGGCUUUGGGCAGCCGGGAGCCAAAGAGGUGAGACAGCUACAUAGGCUCUUGGCGAAGCAGUUUGGAGAACGACGACCAGGCAAAAGCAAGAGACAGAUUCUGGACACCGUGGUGGGCACCAUCUUGUCACAGAACACCACAAAUACCAACUCGCACCGGGCCUUCAGCGAGCUCAAAAAGCGUUGCUUGGCACCCCGAGAUACAACUAUGGCUAUGGUUGACCUUGAUCAUGGGCCUGGGAAGAGCUCGGGAAAGAGUGCGGAUCCUUGCCGGUGUUGCUGCUUCUGGCUGCUGCUGCUGCUGCUGCUGCUGCUGCUUCCUUUGCUGGUGCCCGUGGUAUCAGCAGGGCAGUGGUAUAUUAUAGUAUAG